GGAACUACGACGACCAUCCAAUCCACUGUGUCAUUGGAUACGUAAUCUAAAUGGGAGAAGAAGAAGAAGUUGUUUUGUAGCUUUUCCCCAUUCUCAGCUCUCCUCCUCCCCCUGCCUUUCUUUAAUCCCUUUUUUUGCCAGAAAUUUUUUAUGGGUUUUGAUUUGAGUGCGUAAAGUCGUGUGUUGUUUCCUCUUUACCUUUUUGGGGGAAGAAGAUCCCAGUUCUCUCUUUACAGCGUCAGGAAAUUGAAAUUUCAGCCCCACCACUAUCAACGGCUUGCACUGCAGAGUUGAUGCUGAACCAGAAGUAAGGAAGUAGACCUGCAUGUUAUAGUUCUGGGGAUUUAGCAUGACCCCAGUCCAGAUAUAAGGUAUACUUGCAGCAGCUGGUCUCCCAAUGGUUACUCCAACGGAAGAGAAGCUCGACACGAAAGAGAUAGAUGCCGGAAGCCUGUCUUCAUCUCGUCGUCAACCAGAAAAUGCACCACCUUAUGUCCACAAAGUUGGUGUUCUUCCCAGACAGAACCUGUUGGCAGAAUUCAAAUCAACCGUUAAGGAAACCUUUUUCGCGGACGACCCUCUACGCUCCUUCAAGGACCAAACCAAGUCGAAAAUGUUCGUUCUGGGAGUCCGGGCUGUGUUCCCCAUACUUGAUUGGGGGCGAAGUUACAAUUUGAAAAAAUUCAGAGGCGACAUCAUUGCUGGCCUCACCAUUGCCAGUCUUUGCAUUCCUCAGGACAUUGGGUAUGCAAAGCUUGCAAAUUUGGAACCACAGUAUGGAUUAUAUUCUAGCUUUGUUCCGCCUUUGAUAUAUGCGAUCAUGGGCAGUUCAAGAGAUAUAGCUAUAGGACCUGUUGCUGUGGUAUCUCUUCUACUGGGGACUCUGCUUCAGAAUGAGAUCGAUUCCACCAAGAAUCCAACUGACUACCGAAGGCUAGCAUUUACAGCUACAUUCUUCGCUGGAAUCACACAGUUUUCGCUGGGAUUUCUGAGGUUGGGGUUUUUGAUUGACUUCUUGUCACAUGCGGCUAUUGUUGGUUUCAUGGGUGGGGCAGCCAUCACAAUUGCCCUCCAACAACUUAAAGGUUUUCUAGGAAUAAAAAAGUUCACCAAGAAAUCAGACAUCAUUUCUGUGAUGCAAUCUGUAAUUCACUCGGCCCAUCAUGGAUGGAAUUGGCAGACCAUACUUAUAGGAGCAAGCUUCUUAAGUUUCCUACUCUUCGCCAAGUACAUCGGAAAGAAGAACAAGAAACUAUUCUGGGUGCCAGCAAUUGCUCCUUUGGUAUCUGUUGUUCUAUCGACCUUCUUUGUGUACAUAACUCGUGCGGAUAAGCAAGGCGUCCAAAUUGUGAAGCACAUCGAGAAAGGAAUUAACCCAUCUUCAGUGAACCAAAUUUUUUUCUCGGGUGAAUAUCUUCUAAAAGGUUUCAGGAUCGGUGUGGUGGCUGGAAUGAUAGCUUUGACAGAAGCCGUAGCUAUUGGAAGGACAUUCGCUUCGAUGAAGGACUAUCAAAUAGACGGGAACAAAGAAAUGGUGGCCCUAGGAACCAUGAAUGUUAUUGGAUCAAUGACUUCGUGCUAUGUCGCAACAGGUUCUUUUUCUCGAUCAGCAGUGAACUACAUGGCGGGCUGCCAAACUGCAGUGUCCAACAUUAUAAUGUCGAUAGUAGUGCUUCUAACCUUGCUAUUCAUCACACCUCUGUUCAAGUACACACCAAAUGCCAUUCUGGCAGCCAUCAUUAUAGCAGCAGUUCUCGGCCUAAUCGACUACGAGGCAGCUCUUUUGAUAUGGAAGAUUGACAAGUUCGACUUCAUCGCUUGCAUGGGAGCCUUCUUUGGUGUGGUUUUCAUCUCUGUCGAGAUCGGCCUGCUGAUCGCGGUCUCGAUUUCGUUUGCGAAAAUUCUGCUGCAAGUGACUAGACCAAGGACAGCAAUUCUGGGGAAGGUGCCAAGGACAGUGGUGUACAGAAACAUUCAACAGUACCCAGAAGCAACUAAGGUUCCAGGCGUUCUGAUUGUGAGGGUCGACUCCGCCAUAUACUUUUCCAACUCCAACUACGUCAAGGAGAGAAUAUUGAGAUGGUUGUUGGACGAAGAAGAACGCAUCGAAGCAUCGGGGAAACAAAGAGUACAGUUUCUGAUCGUAGAAAUGUCUCCUGUUACUGACAUAGACACCAGCGGCAUCCAUGCAUUCGAGGAGUUGCACAGGAGCCUCAAGAAGCGAGAUAUUCAGGUAAAAUCAACCACUUAACACAACGAGGGUAUAGAGAGAGAGAGAUAGUUUGGUACCUGUAACCUUUUGAAUGGUGUAAUGGUGGUGAUAACUUGUGCAUGCUUGCUGUUGUUGUUCAUUGCCGCAUGCAGCUGAUUAUGGCGAAUCCAGGGCCGGUGGUGAUGGAGAAGCUGCACGCCUCGGAUUUGGCGAAUUUGAUUGGAGAAGACAACAUCUUCCUCACGGUGGCGGAUGCAGUGGCCUCUUGCUCUCCCAAGUUGGUGGAGGAAGUGUAAUUUUUACUACAGUGUUGGUGGCGGGAGAGGGAGGGAGGGAAGGUUGGAUAGGAUUCCCCUCUUUUGUAUAAAAAGGAGAGCAAAGUGACUAGAUUCGGUAUCAAAAUGAGCAACAAAGAGAAAAACAAAGAGGAGGGGAAGAGACAGUAAAAUUGAGAAAGGAUAAGGGUGGUGGGCUAGCUCUGUGCAUUUUCUUUUCUGCUGUUUUAGUCCUUUGUACGACCGUACCUAACCAUAUCACACCAAUAAAAGCUGUUUCAUCUGCAUAUACACAGUUUAACGUGGUUACUGGUUAGUGACUUAGUGCCCUUAGACCAUCUUCAAUGGCAACCUACAAUGCACAAAAAAAAAAAAAAAACACCCACCAAUAUGUAGAUGCUAAAAUGCC